AUGCACUUCUCCGCCUUCAUUCUGUCUGCCAGCCUCAUGGCUGCUGGUACGAUUCUUGCCGCACCCAGUCCCAUCGUCGAGCGUGCUGAAGUGGCGGAGUCCAUCACCAACGCAACCGCCAUGGGAGUCGAUGUUUACGGCACCAUUCCUGAUGACGCUGUCAAGGUCGCUGAUGGCCACUACAGCGCGGAGCCAGGCUCCAAGGCAUGGGCCUGGAUUCGUGCCCAGAUCGAUCUCGGCAACAGCGAGGAGACUCGCUCUGAGAUCGAAAAGCGCCAGGAGUGGGCCAACAUUGGCAUCGGCAUGUUCGCCCAAGAUGGGUGCACCGGCCAGGCCGGUUGGUUUGACAACGUGAUCUACGGCAACCAACACGUCGUCAACCUCAACAUGUUCUCGGUCGGCAUCAGCUACCGCGGUCUUCGUAGCAACGAGCAGCUUGACUUCAGCAGGCUCUCCGGCAGUGACUGGUGUGGGAAGUACCUGUACAGUGCUGGAAAGAACACUCCAAUUGGCUGCUUCAACUCACAGGCGAUCAACUGCUUCCGUUUGACGCACUCCUAG